AUGGUUGAUUAUGUUCAUAUGAGGGACCUGGUUGGGAACAAAACCAAAUUGAAGGUUGAGAUCAAGUUCGAGCUGGCAAACUCAGAGCCAUGGCUUCAAGAGGAAGAGGAGAGAAACAAAAGGGUUGUCACUGAGUUAUACAGAGCCCUAAUCGCCACAGAGACCCAUACUCUCCACCGUCUUCUAGCUUCUGACUUGGAAUGGUGGUUCCAUGGCCCUCCAAGCCAUCGUCACCAUCUGCUUCCUCUUCUCGCCGGGAAGGAGGAAGCAAAGCAAUCCGUCGUCGUUUUGGUUCCUGAUGUGGUGGUAGGGUUUGGGUCGGUGGUGAUUGCUGAAGGAUUCGACGAAGCCAAUCUGGUGUGGUGGGUCCACGCUUGGACUCUCACUGAUGGGGUAAUCACUCAGGUCAGGGAGUAUCUGAAUACUUCCCUCACCGUCACGCGGCUCGGUAUCGGAGAGUCGGAGCAGCUCGGGAUUGGAGGCAGCUCCGCCUCUCCGUCAUCAUCGCCAUCCUCCUCCUCCUCUUCCUCCUCCUCCGUUGUUUUCUUCCACGUGUCAAUGCAUUUGGCAGAGCAAACUUUGUGA